AGCUCCAUGCUCCCGAAGCGCCAGCCCUGCUCCUCCUCUCCCGUUUUUCUCAAGCUGAAGAUCCUAGUCGCAGUUUGGUGACGCCGGACACGCUGCGCGGACUGUUGCGUUACAUCACCGGGAGUCCUUCCCCUUCCUCUCGCUGCCUUCGGCUGCUGCAUCGUCUCACCUGCAACCCGGCUUGCCUGGAGCCCUUCGUGCGCUCCCAUGGGCCCUCGCUCAUCAGGGCUUGGUUGAUCCUGGGUGUAUCCCCUGAGCAAGCCACUACCGCCAUCACUGGUGAAGCAGAAGAGAAGGAUUCUGCUUGUCGGAAGCUGCUGGUGGGCCUCUCUGGCCUGCGGAACUUGCUGGGGGUCCUGGUGCGGGACCCUGACCCCUAUUUUGUCUUCUGUACCUCAGACGUUCUUUCUCUCCUCCUGAGCACCCCAACUCCGUCUCCUGCUUCUGUCUCGUCUCCCGCCUUGAAGCGGCCUCGCCUGGAUUCCCCGCGGCCUUGUCCUUACUCUCGCCUCGUGGAGGAGGAAGGUGCGGCCGACCUGUUCUUUCAGCUGGAUUCUGGCCGCAGAGUGCCAGCCGUGCGGCAGGCGGUCAGCGACGCUUCUGAGGUCUUCCGGGCCAUGCUGAGCGGAGGCUUCGCCGAGUCGUCCCACACCAGCGUGACCCUUCGCGACGUGUCGCCGGAACCUUUCCUGGCUGUUGCCCAUUUCCUCCACGGCUGUCGUGGCAAGCCCUGCCAGGUCUUGGGAACGCCGUUCCCCCUCGCUUUGGCAGAAGGGAUCUUGGUGGUUGCUGAACAGUAUCUCCUCCCUGACCUCCAGGCCUUGGUGGAUGAGGCAUUGUGCCAAGACACUCUCUGCCCCGGGACUCUUGGGGAAGUGUACCGGCUGGCUGAGCGGCAGAACCGGCCCUGUCUCCUUCAGAAGUGUGUGGCGUCCGUUUUCCUCCGGGAGGGGUCAACCCCCACCCGCCGAGCAGCUGCCCUGGCAGAGCUGCUCCGAUCUGCUGCAGAUCCCAGCGGUUUAGCUGCCAAGCUGCUCGGAGUGGUGCUGGAGUCUCCGUGGGGCGGUGGCUCGGAGGGCCAGCUAAGCUGA